AUGAGUGGAAAUGAAAAGAAUGAACGCUUUUUAUUGAGACUUCGUACUAUAGAAGAUAUGAAAAAUAGUCACUACAAUGUGAUGGUGAAAGAAGAAUUUGAAAAGUUUCUAACUGAAGUGGAAGAGGCAAAAUUCGCGGCAAAAAAGACACCAGUACAAUAUAAUAGACUAAAACGCUUUAAUGUCAUUGAAGUAUGUGGUAUCAAGAAAUUAGUUACGAAUACCGAGCCAAUGAAAUAUUACGUACCCGCUGAAGAAAUCUACGAUAUUAUUGAUGCUGCUCAUAUUUCGAUUGGUCAUGGAGGCCGUGACAGACUCAAAAAUGAAACAUCAAAGAAAUAUGCCAACAUCACAAAAGAAAUUAUAAAUAUUUUUCUUUCCAUGUGUGAAGUGUGUCAAAGAAAUAAAAGCAAAAAAAGGAGAGGGUUGGUUUCAAAGCCAAUCUUGCACACUGAAAUGAAUAGUCGAUGCCAAGUCGACCUCAUAGACAUGCAGUCUCAAGAUGAUCGGGGACAUAAAUUCAUCAUGGUGUAUCAGGACCACCUCACCAAGUUUGUGAUUCUAAGAGCUCUUACCACAAAAAGAGCCACGGAAGUGGCGUAUCAUUUGAUGGAUAUUUUUUUAACUUUUGGAGCCCCAUGUAUUCUUCAUUCCGAUAAUGGAAGGGAAUUCGUGAAUUCGAUAAUAAAAGAGUUAGCAUCUUAUUGGCCUGAACUGAAACUUGUAAAUGGAAAGUCGCGUCACAGCCAGAGCCAAGGUUCGGUGGAAAGGGCGAAUCAAGACGUGGAAAAGAUGCUGGCUUCCUGGAUGCAGGAUAACAAAACAACUAAAUGGUCAGAUGGCUUGAGGUUCGUUCAAUUCAUGAAAAAUAGAGCAUUGCACUCAGGAAUAAAGCAAUCUCCGUAUCAAGCAAUGUUUGGUACUGAACCUAAAGUGGGGUUGACAACAUCGAAUCUGCCAUUUGAAUUACUUACAAAACUAAAUAAUGAGGAGGACUUGGAAAAAGCAAUCAAAGAGAUGCGUUAUAAUUUUGAAGAUAGAGACAACCUAAGUGAGCAAGAGCAAAAUGAAAACGAAAACAAUAAUGAAGAACACGAACCAGAAGAAUAUGAAAAUGAAGAAAAUCAAGCAGAAAAAGAUGAAAAUGAAGAAAACCAAGCAGAAAAAGAUGAAAAUGAAAGGAGCGAAACGAAUGAAAAAUAUAAGUGA